CAACCUCCAACCUCAACCUCCAACCUCAACCUCGACGCCCUCUCUCCCUUUCCAUAUCCUGACUCCUUUCUAGCAUGAACUUGCGGGCAACAUGAAGGGCUGGAACGAUUCAGAACAAGUCUUGUCCACUGCACAGCGUAGAAACCGUCGACCUGUCGCCUCAUUCCUCGCUGGUUCUCUGGUGGGAAUUCUGAUCACCUCAGGGCUUCUAUCGACUUUUCCUUCGCUCUCAGGGCGUCUUGUUCCAUCGGCGAUAUCUCAAUAUGGAAUCAGGUAUUCGUACCCUGCGUCUGCUACCUUUGAAUGGUCUGAUAUCGAAGCGACAGAGCAGCUCGAAUUCCACCCAUGCUACUCCGGGUAUGGCGGGUUUGAAUGCGCAAAGCUGAAACUCCCUCUCGACUACUUCAAUGAAACUUACCCCAAUGAAACCAUAAGCCUUGCCCUUGUCAAACUGCCCGCCAAGGUCCCCGUGACUGAUCCUCGCUAUGGAGGGCCCAUACUCAUCAAUCCUGGCGGACCGGGUGGCUCCGGCAUUUUGCUCGCGCUUGGCGGAGCAUAUCAACUUCAGACUAUUGUCGACCCGAUAGAGGGGCCAAACGAAACUCCCCUGGGAGCAAAGUACUUCGAUAUCAUCGGAUUUGACCCUCGCGGGAUUGGGUUGACCGAGCCUGCGGCAGUCUGUCUUCCAGAUGGCCCUUCCAUAUGGUCCUGGAUGCUGAGGGAAAAGUCUGAAGGCAUUCUAGGGAGCUCUGAUGCUGCCCUUGGUCGACUCUGGUCAAUGACACAUGCCUUUGGUUCUUCGUGUAAGCAAGUCGCAGAAGACGAAGAUGGACCCGAUAUCAAGCAAUACAUGACUACUGCGUCGGUAGCCCGGGAUAUGCUCGAGUUGGCAGAAAAGCAUGCCGCAUAUGUCGAAGACCAAUCAGCAAGUAAGAAGCCAGCCCAUGGAAACCUGCACUGUAACCGUAGGCCGGAACCCGUCAAACUUCAGUACUGGGGAUUCUCGUACGGCACGUACCUCGGUUCAACAUUUGCGUCCAUGUUUCCAGACCGCGUUGGCCGUCUUAUUCUGGAUGGUGUUGUCAAUUCAGAUGACUACAAUCAAAGCCUUGGCAAUGGUAGCCUGCAUGACGCUGAAAAGGUCAUGAACUCUUUCUACACCUAUUGUAUUAACGUAGGACCCAAGUCAUGCCCUCUAGCUACGCAUACAUCCACUGCAACUGACGUCAAGGAACGCACGCAAUCCAUCAUAAGCUCUCUCUAUCACAACCCACUUCCCAUUGUCACCGCCACAGGACCAGAAGUUUUUUCGUACUCUGACAUUAAGUCGCUUGCAUUCUCGUCGCUCUACCUACCGGCCAUAAUCUUCCCAUUGUUGGCUCAAGUCCUAGUCGCAGUGGAAGCGGGUAGCGGUAGCGCCCUCAACCUUCUCGUGGAAGCCUUCCGCCCUAGCCACGUCUAUCAAUGUCCACUAAACUCCUCCACCCCCGCUGUUCAAGUUUUAACAGAUACCCCUGGGAUUGCCAUCCUCUGCUCUGAUGGAUACGACCAGAGUUCUGAGAAUACCGAUUCCUUCAAAAAAUACUGGCACGAGCUCGCCCAUACGUCGCCAACCUCUGGGUCGAUAUGGGCGAUGCUAAGGAUGAAGUGCGCGGCUUGGAAGAUCAGGGCUGUGUAUCGGUUCAAAGGAGAGUUUGGAGGCAAGACAAGCCAUCCCAUCCUCUGGAUUGGAAAUACCGCAGACCCAGUGACGCCUCUGAAAAGCGCAAGGAUUAUGGGUGAAAGGUUCGUGGGGAGUGUUGUGCUUACUCAGGAUAGCGCUGGGCAUUGUUCUAUAUCAACACCCACACCGUGUACCCUAAACCACAUCAGAAACUACUUCCAGUUCGGCACCCUUCCCCCACAAAAUACAAUCUGCAUCCCUCCUACUUCUCCAUUCUCCCUCAACUCCACCCGACCCAGGUCUCCGUUCUACGAUGUCGAGCUCACUAAAAUCAUCCUUGGUGUCGAUGAUCUCCCUCCCGCCGGGUUUGCCACUCCAGGCGCGGACGCGUUCGUAGAAGAGCAAGUUGAUGUACUGGAGCUUGCAAAUAGGGUUCACACAGAUGAAGUCUUGGCCAAGGAUAUUGAAGCUCGGAUGGAAGCUGCAAAGCAUGUGCAGAGGUUCUUUGCUGAGGAGAAUGUACAGUGGAAGUUUCUGCGGAGUCAGCGGGCUGAUGAGCUUCUGAGCGCAUUCAUCCAUGACGACAUCUAGGUCUGAGGCAUUCCUUUGUAUGCUUUAGCGAAAGGAUGUAGAGUAGGAUUUAGUGGGUUUGUACAGCAAGGAGAACUCUUGACAGACAAAAUAGCCUUGAGUGUUGGAGGCAUGAUCGAAGGACGGCUGGAUGUUUGGUUAGAUGGAGGAUCGGCAGUGGUAUUGGUGAGACGGGAAUCUUACAUCUCUUAGACCUCUUUACCGCUUCACUUCUACACAACAUUCAUUUCCCUACAGCCCACCUACAAAGCCUGUUCCCCUAAAUCAUCAAUCCCAGGUAACUAAUUAUAUC